GCUCUGAUCAGAAUCACCACCACCUGUCACUCCUCUCACCAUAACACUGUCAGAGCUGUUCCUGUUACUGUGUGGGAAGAUGGUUGAGAGAAAAUGUGUUUAUACUGUAAUCUUGCUCAGCGUGUGUGCAGUUUGACCUAGACCAGAAAUUUUUUGUGGAAUGUUGUCAAGAAUAUUUUUUCUUGGCAUUUUCUAUUUCUUUCUCUCCCAACCCACAUCUUUUCUCUCUCUCUCUCUCUGGCUGCGUUCCUCUCCCCGUCACCAGUGACAGAAGAGGCAGACCGGAUCGCUACAGCGAUAGCAUGAGUGGCGGAUAUGACAACAGUUCCUCCUGGGAUAGCUACCAGUCAAGCGGACGUGGCUCCUAUAAUGACAUGGGCGGUCCUGUUAUCACCACACAAGUGACCAUCCCUAAGGAUUUGGCUGGCUCCAUCAUUGGUAAAGGGGGUCAGAGGAUCAAACAGAUCCGCCAUGAGUCUGGAGCCUCCAUAAAGAUUGAUGAACCUUUGGAAGGUUCAGAAGACCGGAUCAUUACCAUUACUGGCACCCAAGACCAGAUCCAGAACGCCCAGUACCUUCUGCAGAACAGUGUGAAGCAGUACUCUGGUCAUUUGCUGUAGAUCCAGGAGGCUUGGAUCAAGACUACUCAGAUUGACUUCCCUCUUCCUCUGAACAUCCCCUUCAGACUAUUACUCUGGAUUGGUGGUGUCUUUUUUUAUUUUAUUUUUGUAUUUUUAAUAAGAUGUCCAACAUUCCUGUGCAUUGAAGAAAAUGUAGAUUACCUGCAUUUUAGUGUGUAGUUACGUAGUUUGUCCGAUUUUUCAAAUGUGAGACUUCCCACAGAUGAAAAUAAACAACCUUUAUUUUUGGAUUUCAUUUAUGGCUAAAUUGAUGUCUGUGUACAUGUGUGCUUGUUGGGUAUGUGAGGUUUGCUUUGCCUUCUGUAGUCUGCCUUUUCACAUUCAGUUAAUGCCAUAUUACCACUGUUCAACAUGCAGAAUGUAAGAUUUUUUUCCCUCAAGAACUCUUGGGACUUAAAAUGUGUAGAGUUGAUUUAUGCUGGGAGUUGUGUAACAAAAUAAAACCUGAAACAUUUGAAUAACCUCAACUGUAAAACUGUGUUGAUGGCUAAAGAUUUAAGUCUUUUUUUUUGUUUCUUUGACAAAUUAACAUUUCUACUUUGUCCCUGGGAGUUCCUGUUUGCUCACCAUUAUGUGGGUUUCAUGUUGUAAGAGAAAUAAAGAUGCCACUUUUUACUGAA